CCGAUUGAUUCUUUUGGUGAUUGGGCUCUCUCCGAUCCACCUGCCGACGACAAUGGUCCGAAAAUGGCCCAGCCACGACUAACCUCAGUCCAGUGGAAGGCCCUGUUAGAUGUAGCCAGCGAUGCGGAGAAACCGUAUCUGCAAGCACUCUUGGAUAGUGCCAUAAAAAAAGAACAAGGGACAGAAAAGGAAAGGAAGGAACUGCUGCUGAAAAGUCAGGAGGCCAUCUUGGAAACUCUCCCCUCGCUGACCAAAGAGCAGUGGGGGGAACAACUGCAGUCCAUACUCACCGCUAUUGUCAAAGUCUGGAGCCUUGAAGAUCAUACCACUCAGAUCGCUGACGUCUUCGCAAAAUUGCGGACACUUCAGGAGGAUCUGACAGAGAUGACCACCAAGUACUGUGACUUGAUGGUAGAGGUUGCUGCGCUGCAACAAGCCCAAGCGGCCAAUCCUCUCCCUCUGCCCCCUGGUUCCGGAGCUGCAGUUGUAACUAACCUUGCCCCUUUUACCAUAUCUUCUUCUACUUCUUCCUUGAGUGUGAUGGCAAACCCCUCGGGACCUGCCACAGGUGCAGAUUCCGUUGUUGCUGUAACAAGCAACGAGGCAGGAAAUUUUGCAACUGCUGCAGCCCCAAGAUCUGAACCAGCAGGUGCUGGUCCCGGCUACGCCGGUCCCUACGUGGAUCGAAAGGCAGUGCAAAUACCGUCGAAGUAUGACAGCAAAGAAAACGUUGAAUCCUGGAUCAACUCCAUGAGGGCAUACUUUGAGGUUCUGGGGACUCAACCUGAGACCCAGUCCACGAUCAUGGGAAUGAAUGUCGAGCCUGUUGUACGGGGCUUCCUAGAAGUCCAAGGUACGCGAGAUGGGGUUCCAAAGAUAGAAAGAACAAGGUGGCUUAAGGCCAUCCUGGUUGCUUCCCUCGAGGAACUCCUCAUUGCGCAAUACAUGCAUCCACACGUUGCAGCAAUGGCAAAAAGCCAGCUUAACAAAAUCAAAUGCAGCAAGUGGACGGGCUCCAUGAAAACCCUCCAGACUUACCUCAGCAAGAUGUUUGCUACACCCGAAUUAGAACUGACUGAUCAAUCUUGCUUGGAUGUGGUCAAAGGCGCGGUUCCCACCAGUUUCACAAAUCGCCUAGGCAGUGACUUCAUUGGGUACACUACUGGUUCACUUUGAGGAAGAACAUAGUCAGUCUCGAGGCGAUAGACCUCGUUUCCACAACAGGCAACAAAAAGCCCAUGGGCGG